CGCGGCGAGCUGCAGCCCACACCCAGUGCCGAUCCCCACUGCCUGGAGCCAUGGCAUCUACCUUCGAGGGCGUGAUCAAGAGGGUGGUCCGGGAGGUGGACCACGGCGGCAAGCUGACCCCCGUGGACAGCCUGCAGAGCUCCGCCAGCUUCCAGCCCUACGGCUUGUUGCGCAGGAAGUUCCCAAUGUCCUGGUUCCAGAAAGCCCGCUACGUGAGCAUCAACCUGUCCAUCAGGGACAUUCUGGAGCCUGGUGCCCCAGAACCAGCUGUGAAAGAAAGCUCGCCCAUCCACGUCUUCGACUGCACGGACGGGGAGGCGCUGGGCGGCGGGGAGCUGGAAGCCGCAGGACAGGGGAGGCUCGUGGUCAAGGCGUCAGUGUCCAAGUACCUCAGGAUCUCAAUGAAAGUGUGCACACGGCGAGUGGACCCCAACGUCUGGGACGCCAUGAAGCGAGAGAGGCGCCUGCGGCGGCCCGAGCACAUGGUCCUGCGGCAGCUGCGCAACUGCAAGAGCGACGUGUUCGUGGUGACAGAGGUGCUACAGACGCAGGAGGAGGUGACGGUCAGCCAGGCGCAGAAGCACGAGGGCUCCGGGCAGUUUGCGCUGCUUGGGGCCUUAUCUCUCCAGGGCCAAGGCCGGGACCGCCAGAGCCGGAAGAAGAAGGUCAGCAUCCCCGCGGGUAGUGUCCUGGCCUUCCAAGUGGCCCAGCUGCUCAUUGACCCUGACUGGGAUGUCCUCCUCUACUGGGACAAGAAGGGCAAGAGGCAGAAGACUUUCAGGCCACCCAACAAAGACCGCCAGCUGGUUUUUGAAAGCCCCACAAGCGACCGCCAGCUCUCCAGAGGCUUAAAGUUACAGUCAGACGGGUUUCCUGAGAUCGGUCCUGCAUUCACGGGAGACUUCCAGGACCUGCAGGCAGAGGUGGGGGCCCAGGCCCAGGCCCUGCGGGGCUUGUCCCGGGAACUGUGCGGGCAGCUGCUGGCGGGCUUGGCGCAGGUGCUGCGGGAAGAGCGGGCCUUGCAAACCCUGGAGGACGAGCUGGAACAGGGCCUGUGCUGUGGGUUGGUAUCUACCCUGGAGGGUCCAGCGGGCGCCGUCCUCAAGUGCCUCGUGCACAGCUCCGGGGAGCUGGAAGGGCAGCUGGCACGCCCUGUCCUCUACCUGGCGGAAGCACUGGCCGUGCUGACUGAGACCCAGCGUGCGGUGCUCGUGAAGAUGCUGGAGACCGGAGAACUGUCUGGGCGGUUCGACCUGCAGGUGGGGAGCGUCUUGGCGCAGAGCAGCCCGUGGCAGCAGCAUAGGGACGUGUCCCUGCCACCAGAGCUCCUGGGGAGCGGCUGGGGCCCCGAGACGCCUGCCUGGGUACUGCUGGAGGAAUGCGGGCUGGAGGUGCAGGCGGACGCCCCCCAGGUGCGCUGGGAGCCAGAGGCCCAGGACCGCACCUGUGCGCUCUUCGCCUGCCUGGCGCUGCUGCUGAGCCCGGACAGCUGCUGGGGCUGAGCCGUUCGCCCACUCCCCUGGGCAGCUGCAGGGGCACGGGCAUGGGACACAGCUCCAGCCCACCCGGCCACCCCCGCGCCCCCGGGGGCUGAGAGCCCCAGCCAGCCUGUGGCCAGUUUGUCCCGGGGCCGUGCAUUGGGAGAGUCAAUAAAUGUAGUGUA